UUAACCAUUCCUAUUUUGAACGGAGAACAAAAAAUUCAAUGUUGGUUAGGUUUAAGCAAGUAGCAUUAUCAGCAGUGAAGUUAACAAUCAGCAUUUCCGGCCACCGUAUUCUUCCCUGCAAAAAGGCAACGCCGCCGCCGCAGCAGUACCAUUCUAUUGCGUUGAUGGAGCUUAGAACUGAGAAAAGUUCAGAAACAGAGUCAAAGAAGAAAUCAAAGGGUUUGAAUAUUGAAGGAUACCAAGUUGAGGGUUUAUCAAUUGGAGGACAUGAAACUUGUGUUAUUUUUUCACACUUUAGAGUUGCUUUUGAUAUUGGUCGUUGUCCACCUCGUGCUGUUUCUAUGGAUUUUCUUUUGAUCUCUCAUGCUCAUAUGGAUCACAUUGGAGGAUUACCCAUGUAUGUUGCCACACGUGGUUUAUACCGUAUGAAGCCCCCAACAAUUAUUGUACCAAUUUCAGUAAAAGAGGAUGUAGAGAAACUCUUUGAGAUUCACAGGAAAAUGGACCAAUCUGAGCUUAAACACAACCUCGUAGGCUUGGAUGUAGGAGAAGAAUUUUCUCUGAGACAUGAUCUUAAAGUGAAAGCUUUUCGGACUUAUCAUGUAAUACCCAGCCAGGGUUAUAUACUUUACUCUGUAAAAAACAAACUUAAACCAGAAUAUAUUGGUCUUUCUAGUGACGAAAUUAAGAAAUUGAAGUUCUCUGGUGUGGAGAUAACAAACACGUUGAAAGAGCCGGAAAUUGCUUUCACAGGAGACACCAUGUCAGAUUUUAUAAUUGAUGAAAAUAACACUGAUGUCUUGCGGGCUAAAGUUCUUGUAUUGGAGUCCACCUUUGUUAACAAUGAAAUGACUGUGGAACAUGCCAGAGAUUAUGGACACACUCAUUUAUCUGAGAUAAUAAGUUAUGCUGAUAGGUUACAGAACAAAGCAAUCCUUUUGAUUCACUUUUCCGCACGUUACACAGUAGAGGAAAUUCAACAAGCUGUUGGUGCAUUGCCUCCACCAUUAGCCGGUCGUACUUUUGCACUUACUGAAGGUUUCUGAAAAUAAGUUGGAAGUUUGAUUGAACACAUAAAUGAAUGGAGUUGUUUUUUCCCUCCAUCAUCAUUGUUGGCAAAUGUGGGAAAGUGCAAUAAAAGGAUAAAUCCCCUGAUGUACUCUUGAAUUACCUAAUUUUUUUUAUUAGGCUAUCUGUAACAGUUUUCAUCUAGUAACUUUUGAUUCAUUUCAUUAGGCUAACUGUAACAGUUAAAGAAAAAUGAAAAUGCUAUUUGAAUGAUCCUUAUUCACUGAGAAAUGAAACUUGUACAUAUUGACAUGUGUCCUCUUUUACAAGGAAAAAACUCAAUAUCACCCAGGUUGUGUA